CCUCACUUCCCAAAUCCCGCUUUUCGCAAAGAGCAACACAACAACACGAACACCCGGCCGCCCUCACGACCGUCAGAAAACUCUCCCCUCCCCCGAAACCACCCAAUUGACCUUGUCGCCAUGCUUUCACGAACUGCCUUUGGUGUCGCGCGUCGCGCCGCCGUUUCGGGCGUUGUGCGCCGAAGCUUUGUGACCUCGGUUGCUCGCCGCUCAAACGAAAGCGAAUCGAAGGCGCCGACUCCCAAGGUCCAGACUCUCGCCGAUAUCAAGACCAUCGACGACCUGGUCGGCCCCGGUGCCAAGCCUGGUACUGUCCCUACGGAUUUGGAGCAGUCGACUGGUCUCGAGCGUCUCGAGAUUCUCGGUAAGAUGGAGGGCAUCGACAUUUUCAACAUGAAGCCCCUGGACGCCCCGUACAAGGGCACCAUUGAGAAGCCCGUUAUGGUCCGCUCCGCCGGUGAUGAGCAGUUCGUUGGAUGCACUGGCUUCCCCAAGGACUCGCACGAGGUCCUCUGGCUCGGCAUGGACAAGAAGCGCCCCGUCGAGCGCUGCCCCGAGUGUGGCAGUGUUUUCAAGAUGGAGUUUGUUGGCAAGGCGGACGACCACCACCACGGCCACGACCACCACGCACAGGAGGACGUCAAGACUUUUGCCGACUACGUCCACCCCAAGUACUACUAAGGAAAAUAGAAGCUUUCUUCGCUGCUUGCUUUUGAGGUGCUUCAAGAUAACGAAACGCCCGGGCCAGUACAUCAAUCAGCUGGAUAUGCCCCAAUAUAAACCCUAGCGAUGGGGUCUGGGGAUAAAAAGCCAUGGUGUUGUUCGCAUUUUGUAGAAUAGUCUGCGGGACGGUGAAGUGAAUAGACUGAUUUUUCUUCUUUGUUA